UGUAUACUGUACAUCAUGCAUGACUGACGGUACUUGAAAAAGUGAGCGUGGCACUUUUUCGAUGCCAUUUGUUUUGUACGAUUCCCCUUGGCUUCAUUAUCUCAUCUUCAGAUUUAGCAACAUUUUACAGUGAGUAAUCAUGCCAACAGUACGAGCUUUCACAAAUGUUUCAAAGUCAGCUUUACCGAAGGAUUUUAUGGUAAACUUCAUCGAUGCGCUUGGGAAGAGCUUGAACCGGGAAUCAAAGAACGUCACAUUGCACUUUCUGUGCGACCAGAUGUUAUGUCGAGGCCCUAACGAUGACCCGAUGUGCUAUGUCGAGAUCUUCAACACUUGCGGGCAUGGUGAAUCUGAGGAAAUACGUCAGAAGGUGAUAGGUAUCAGCGACUUCCUCAAGACUGCCCUCAAGAUCACAGAUGGCGAGGCGGUUCGGAUUCUAUUUCACGUCAUCCCACCUCAUCAUGUUGGCAUCGGGACGGGAAAGAUCUUAACUGACUUCAUGACAAAGUGAUUUCACUAUCGUCUCAUGUGCUGCUCAAGUUCGACACGAGGAGAAGGACUUCGCAGUUGAAAGAAGGAAAUUCUAGUGCCAAAAGUGAUUAAAGCUUGUUCAGAUAUGAUGCGGCAAAACUGCUGUGUUUUAUUAAUUAAUUUUGUUAUGACGUAUAAAGUCUAAUGCCCUUCCUAUUGCUGUAUCUUGUAAACACAGAGCUGAGAAUACGCGCAGGUAAUUCAUGUUUGCGUGGAAAAUCCGUGGAGGCUUUUCUUGCGGCAGUUUACGGAGUCGUAUGUGAACAAGACUUAAUUUUUAUGCAUCCUUUAUUAUCUCAUGCACUUUCGGUCUCCUCCUUCAGCAGUGUCACACGUCUUCUUUCUCGUGAAUCCUCACUUCCAACUCGCGGAUCUUCGGUCUAGCGGUGUCCUAUCACAUGAAUCCAAGCUUCUGUCUCAUGGAUCUCUGGUCUCACUCCUUUUUCUCAAGAAUCUUCCCCUCUGUAUCGCAGACCUCUUGGUAGAGCUUGUGUACUUGUCUGAUUUCGCAGAUCCUUGAUCAACCACGAUGGUGGACCAAGGAUCAUGUCAGAAAGGGGGAGGGGCGAAUUGUGAAACCCCCUAAUUACCUUUACCCACCCUGCAGGUCCUGCAAUGUUCAUUUUGAUGACAACUCAAGUUUCUUUCUUAUGUCGGCUGAUCGUGACUACACGAUUUGAGAUGGAUAAUGUAUAAAAAUUAAUCAAUAAAUUUGACCAAACAUAGUUACCAUAUAGUGUGCUGUCCUUCACCUUGCAUUUAGAAGUUGCAUUUUAAGUACCGGUAUAUAUAAUUUUGUCUGCUUGUGUGGAUUAAAAUUGGCUCACUUGCUUCAUAAUUCUCGAAUUCUUUUUAAGAUUUUGUUUAGUGUGAAAUAAACUCUUUGCCACCUAAAUUUAGGCAAUUUUGUUAAUCAUGUCUUUAAAGGUAAUAAUUCAUGUCCCAUAAUUCAAUCAAAUGUGUGAAAGUAAAAUAUUUCCCUUUUUUUUCUUUUAUUAGAGAAUGGAUAAUUUAAAUAAUGUACAACCUGUACUUAGUUUUUUAUACUUUCACUGGAGACAGACUUUUACAUAAGCCCAGGCCCUCCUAUCUAGUCUCCAUUCUCCAAAGUCUUUCAUUAAUGUACAUGGUUAAAUGUGUUCCCCUUGUUUUUCAUGUCUACUCCACUUGUGCUAUUCUCAUGUUAUAUAUCGAUACAUAUUAUAACUUUUAUACGUACUUUAUUUUCAUUUGUAUAUUUGUUAUGAAAGAAAUAAAUAAAGUGAACUUGAACUU